CUUGCCGUCUUCUGGGCCUAGUGCGGCUGCGCAGAGUGCUGUCCGGCCCGCCCUCCGCCGCUAAGCCGGGGGGUUGGAACCGGGACACUGAAACUGGAAAGGAGUUGGGGGUAAUAGGGCCAAACCGAAGCUGCGCCUUGCAGCUGUGUGCCCAUCGCUCAGCGCCGUAUACCGAGGCUGCUGGAUCCCAGCAUUAGUUUUACUUUGUCCCCAUCCCCCUCUCAGUCCCUGGUCCAACAUGAUACUGACCAAAGCCCAGUACGACGAGAUAGCCCAGUGCCUAGUGUCUGUGCCGCCCACCAGGCAGAGCCUGAGGAAGCUGAAACAGAGGUUCCCCAGUCAAUCGCAGGCCACUCUGCUGAGCAUCUUCUCCCAGGAGUACCAGAAACAUAUUAAAAGAACACAUGCCAAGCAUCAUACUUCAGAAGCGAUUGAAAGUUAUUAUCAGAGGUACCUGGAUGGAGUGGUGAAAAAUGGAGCUGCCCCAGUGCUCCUGGAGCUGGCCAAUGAGGUGGACUAUGCACCCGCAUUAAUGGCAAGGAUUAUACUGGAGAGGUUUCUACAGGAACACGAGGAAACGCCACCCUCCAAGUCUGUUAUAAAUAGUAUGCUACGGGACCCUUCUCAGAUUCCAGAUGGAGUUCUCGCAAAUCAGGUCUAUCAGUGCAUUGUGAAUGACUGCUGUUAUGGCCCACUGGUGGACUGCAUCAAACACGCCAUUGGUCAUGAGCACGAAGUCCUGCUGCGAGGCUUACUUCUCGAGAAAAAUCUCUCCUUUCUAGAUGAAGAUCAGCUUCGUGCAAAGGGCUAUGACAAAACCCCAGACUUCAUUUUACAAGUACCAGUUGCUGUGGAAGGGCACAUAAUUCACUGGAUUGAAAGCAAAGCCUCAUUUGGUGAUGAAUGUAGCCACCACGCCUACCUGCAUGACCAGUUCUGGAGCUACUGGAAUAGAUUCGGGCCAGGCUUAGUCAUCUACUGGUAUGGAUUCAUCCAGGAGCUGGACUGUAACCGGGAGAGGGGCAUCCUGCUCAAAGCUGGUUUCCCCAUGGACAUUGUCACGUUAUGCCACAGCACAGCUUGACCCCGAUGCUCCUGGAAGAGAAGCCCGGAGGAAAAGGUGAAUCCGGAAGCAAUUUUACUUUCCUGCAGUGUAAACUCCUGGCAGCAUCUGCCCUGAACUUCAGCUGAACCCUUGCUGCCCGCAGUCCCACUGCUGCCUCUUUAGACAAACAUAUCAAGAGUUUCUGUUUUCCUUCAUCCCGUGCUGAUGUGAGCAGCUAAGGACGACAGACACAACCCACUCAUUAUCAGCAUUUCUGUCUCUCUGUCAAACAGUUAGUUUAUAGAUAGUCAUAAUCUUUCUUCCUUCCGGAAGGUUUCUCCUUGUAGACUGAACAAAAGAAAAAAUGUGGAGGCUGAAAGGUGUGAUUUUUCAAUUCUCCUCCCAGUUACCAAAUCACCCUCUAAUUUUUUUUUUUUCUAAGCCACCUUUCAAUCUUGGUCCCUCCCCCUUUCUCUUCAUGUACAGAUACCCAGUGUUAUGUUACGGGCUGGCCUGGAAUAAUCUAGCCAACUCCUAGAAAAUCUCAAGCCACGAAGCCUGCGUUGGAACUUUCACUCUUACCUGCAGGGCUCCAGCAGACAUUGGGCGUAGCCUGGGACUGUGUGCCCGUGUUGUCCAAUCUUUAUGGUUUCCUGACUUCAAUGGAAGUGAGCCAAGCUGAAAAAAUACACUUGAUGAGAAUUUCCUCUUUUUAUAUAGUACUUAUUUGAACACUAAACAUUUUUUAUUUAACUCAUUUAAGAGUAUUAGUUACAUUGUGUCUGGAAAGUACAAUUCUUUGGAUUGGGAGCUGAGGGAGACAACUGAUGCUCGGUGCCAGCAUUGACAAGAGUUUGUUUUUAAUAUGCCUAGUUGUCAGUAUGUAGAGUAGUCAGCGGGUCAUAUUUUUAUGAGUAAAAAAUUUUAAAAGCACAUUCUAUAUGCUGCUUUGUGCCUACAGUUCAAAACUAUUUAAUACUGGAAUAACUUAGGCAUUAUCUGUGUUCAGCUUUGAAUGAUUAAGUAUUAUUCAAACCUAGAGUGGUUUUCAAGUUAGCAAAAUAAAGAUUUUGUGUUUGCUCCCUUUUCGUUUAGUAAUUUUUUUAUAUUGCAAACUAAAUUUUACUCAAAACAUCAGUAAAUCAUUAUAAAACCUUAUCUUUGGGAAAAUUAAAAAUCGAGACCCAGAAAUGCAUUUAGUAAAAUAUUUGCCCCCAUGUUGACAAACCAUCGUAACUUUUAUAGUAUUGAGUCAGUACAUUUGGACAUAAUAGUAAAAGUGUAACUACACAAAUAAUCUUAAAUAUUGUGCUUGCUUCAAGAUGAAUGUGAUGCAAAUAUUCAUACUUAUGUUGUACAAUAUAUUAUAGAAUAUAAUAAAAAUAUGUUUUUUAAAUAUAGUGCAAAAGGCUAAUCUGUUAUUUGUACUUGGUUCAUUUGUUUAUGAAAUUGCAAAAAAAAUGCCUACUCCUUUUUCAUUUGAAUGACACAAACAUACCAGAUCCAAAUGAAUGAACUUUAACUCUGUUGUGGGUUAUCUUAUACAAAAAAGCAAAAGAUGAGAUAAAAUGGUGAUUCUGUUGGUUUUUACAGGUACAGUGCCUUCUCUCUCUCUCUCUGUCUUUGUCUCUCUCUCUCUCUCUCACACACACACAUACACACACACACAUACACACCCACCCACACCCACACCCACACACACACACAUACACAUACACACACACAUUUUUUGUUGCUUGGGGUUGUUUUUGUCAUGACCCAGCUGUGUUCAGAGCAUAGUUCUGGCACUCUUGGCAAGUUCAGGGGAGCAGAUGAGAUGCUGGAGAUCGAACCCAGGUCGGCUGCAUGCUAGGCAAGCACCUUACCCACUACACUACCUCUCCCACAACACACAGACAUUUUAAGCAAGAGUCUUGUUAAAAAAUGUUUUCAUGCAUUUUGAAACUGGCUUUUCUUCUUUAGGAAUAAACCAUAUUUGUGGGUACAGAUGUUGAAAAUCCUGUUAAGCCCUUAUCAAGGAUCUGUUUGUUUUACACUAAAUUUAGGAUAAUGGUAUACAAAUAAUUUUUUUUAAUUUUAAAAGAGAUGUUUGCAUUUCAUAUUUAUUCUUCUACCUGGUGCCCUGGCAUAAUAUAUUACCAAAAUGUGGUGGUCUUUGGCAAAAUCACCUCUCUACUUUUUGAAGGUUUUAAAAUGUGUCCUUUAUAGAUGAAGAAGGAGCUCUGAUAGAGAAGGGAUCACCAAGCAAGGGGUGCUAGAUGGGCCCACUAGGGAUGGGAGAUACAGGCUGAAAAUAGACUAUGGACUGAACAUGAUACCUACUUAAUACCUCUAUAGCAAACCACAACACCUAGAGAGAGAGAGAGAGAGAGAGAGAGAGAGAGAGAGAGAGAGAGAGAGAGCGAGAGCGAGAGAGAGAGCAAAAGGG